AUGAAUAAUAAAAUAAGUUAUUUGUUAAAUACUGUCAGAUGUAUGCGUGGAUGCAAUUCUAUCCUCACUCCCAAAUCUUCAGCUACAAUGAGAAAACACAUUCUAUGGAUUGGCAGAUACAGGGAUCCCCUGGAAAAUGUGAACUUCAGGAAAUUGUUUUUGAAUAUUCUUCCUUCUCUGCAUGGAUCAUCUCUUCGAUUUGUAUCUCAGAAGACAGAUGUUUUUAGCACAGGUGCUAAAAUGCAACCAGAGAACAGUACAGAGGCUUUGGUGAGCGAGCAGGCUCCCCAUAGCUCCUUGGAACUUGAAAAGCUGGAUGAUUCCAGGGGCUUCAAAAUGAAGCAGGUGAUGGAUCAUAGCGAACCGUUCUUUAAUUGUCUCCAGAAAUGUACCUGUCCUUGCGAUGCACUGGACUUGGCUUCAGAGUCUGCUGUUUCCACUAAGCACUUCACAAACUGUUUAACCACAGUGUGGAGGCUCUUCAAAAACCUGUCCGAAGACCAGCAGCGUUACGAGAAGCAGCUGAUCUUUGAGCACCCAGCUUUUGUCAAGCUUUGUCAACAGCUGCUGCGGGACUCCCGAAGGAUGACGCGGGGCGACCUGGUGUUCAGUCUGCACGCCGUGGUGAACCUAGGCGUUCCUCAGAACACUCUUCUAGUCCAGACUUUGGUGAGGGUGUGCCAGGAGAAGCUCAAUCAACUUGAUAACCGAUGCAUCUCAGUUUUGGCAACUACUUUAGCAGGGCUGGAUAAAGACAAGAAUGUGUGCGCUCUGCAAGCUGGAUUACAAUUGCUAAUGGAGCAGCGCAUUCCAAGUAUCAGAGACAUUUUUAUACUACAAAAUCUGAUGAAAUGCCUGGGAAAAGAUGCUCCAGUCUUUCUGAAAAAGAAAUUAGAGAUGGCAGUUUUGAAAGAGAUAGACCAUCUGACUUUCCCGAAUGCUCUGCGUGUGUUUUUGGCACUUGUUGCAAUGAAUUAUUGUUCCAUUCCAAUCCUGAAUGCCUGCAGUAAAAAGAUCCAGGAGAAUGUCCACGAUGCUCCAUUUCGGCAGUUGAUUCUCAUUCUGGAAGCUUGUUACCAUCUCCAGUACCGUAAUGUAAAACUGUUCUCGGUAUUAGCAGACUAUGUUAAUUCUACUGCCUGCCUUUGGGACAAAAGACAGUUUAUCCAUUUUCUUUCUGCCUUCGAAACACUUGGCUUUCAGCCUACAGAGCUGAUGGAAGUUUUUGCUGAGAAGGUGACAGAAGACCCUGAAUUUCUCAACUUGAAAAACCUUUUGAUUGUUCUCCGAGUGUAUUCACGACUCAAUUAUGUUCCCAGAGGCCAAAAGCAUCUGUUUUUUGAGACUCUUCAUAGCUGCUUGAAUAAGUACCUCCCUCAGAUUUCCAACACAGAACUGCUGAAGGCAGUGUAUUUACUUGGUGUAUUAGGAUAUCUUCCUCAUCGUGCACUUGAUGAGCUGCUGCAAAAGGACAGCAGGGGUGAACUUCUACUGUCAGAUGAUCUUUACAAAGAACAAAAGGAAGUGAUGCUUCGCUGUGUGAAAACAUGUAUGGAACUCGAUAGCCCUUCCUUCACAAAGCCUGCGUUUGUGCUGACUGAGAAUUUCUCCUCAUUAGUAUCUCCUAAUCUCAGAAAGGCUCGGGAGGCACUGAUAGAACUUCUGGGAGAUGAGACCAUGUUUCGGCAAAAUGUUCAGCUGCCAUAUAAAUAUCAUAUUGAUUUUGAAAUCAGAAUGGAUUCAGGCAGAAAGAAAGUGCUCCCGAUAGCUGCAACAGAUGAUCAUGCUGACUCAAGUGUUCAAAGGUUGGCUUUUCUCUUUGUUCCUCUGUCUGCAUUCUGUGUGGGUACGACACAUCCCCAAGGGAAGCUAGCGAUGAAGAAGCGGCAUCUAAAUAAACUGGGCUACGAUGUGAUUCUGAUCCUGAACAAGAAGUUUCAGGAAAUGACAAAUGAAGAUGCAGUUGAGUUUUUGAAAGGAAAAAUUUAUUUGGAA